AUGGCGUCGCAUCCCCCAGGCAGCUGCUGCACGACUGGAACUCUUCACAUAGGUGAUCCAAAGGGCAAGUUUCUCAAGAUAGACGGUGGAAUCGAUGCCUAUCUCGCUACACCAUCGGAAGACAAUGCUCACAGCGGUGUCGGCAUUCUUUUUGUUCCAGAAGUCAUGGGCAUCUACGCCAACAGUCAACUAUUGGCAGAUAGCUUCGCCGCCAAAGGAUACACCACACUAGUCCCAGACGUAUUCAACGGCGAUGCAAUUCCACUCAACAAAUUCCCCAAUGUUGAUCUCUUGAACUGGGUUGCAAAGGGUUUUGAUGGUAAAAGCCCACACACUACUGAAUACGUCGACCCUAUUGUUAUUGCAGCGAUUAAAGCACUAAGAGAGCUCGGAGUAUCUAAAAUUGGGGGUGUUGGAUAUUGCUUCGGUGCCAAGUAUGUGAUACGACACUUCAAGAGUGGUAUUGAAGCGGCAUUUGUCGCACACCCCAGUUUUGUUGAAGAGGACGAGUUGGCUGCCUUGACUGGUCCUUUAUCCAUUGCUGCAGCUCAAACGGACUCGAUCUUCCCAGCCUCUAAAAGGCACAAAUCGGAAGAAAUACUGAUCAAAACCGGCCAGCCUUUUCAAAUCAACUUGUUUUCAGGAGUCGAGCAUGGCUUCGGUAUUCGAGGCGAUCCAGAUGUGAAGAUAGAGAAAUUUGCAAAAGAACAAGCGUUUGAUCAAGCAGUCACUUGGUUUAAUGAACAUUUGCUAAUUUAG